AUGCCUACAACGAUGAUCAGAAGUAAAGUGAAAUAUAAAAAGAUUUCUGAUGAUGAUGGCUACAUUGACGCGCAGGUUUGAAACAACUCUUCAAUUUCAUUUCGAUAACAAGUUUCAAGAUUAGAUUAAUUGAGGUUCUCGUAAAAGGCGAAAAGCGAAACAAAGUAAAGAAACAAACUAAAAAUCCCAAGGAAUACGAACGAAUUUACUUUAAAGAAAUAUUUUUGCUUACAUACCAUUCCCGGUACCAAUCAUCUCCUUGACCACAAAGGAGUUGCUACGUUUGAUGUCUCCGAUAAUAAUUUAGUAAUCUUUUUGGUUCUUUUUAAAUUAUGCAUAAUUUAAACUUCAAGGCCCCAAUCAAGAAAAAAGUUUCUGAACCGUUGCAUACUCUGGGUGAUUGAUUGAGUUGAUUUAUGCAUACAUGUGCCCGCCAAAUAUAAGUACCAACACAAUUCAGGGGGUUGCACUUCUCCUACAGGUUUGACUUGGAAAUCCUACCUCCACCAGCAACUCUUUGUUUUAAACCCUAUAUGAAAUGUAUAUAACGUGAACAUGGUCUUUUCACUUAUAGUUUAUAAAGCCUCCCCCAAAGGUACCCUGGAAGGCCUUACUGCUGGCAGUUUUCUUAUUCUCCGUGGGAACUCUUUUACUUGUUUUUGGAUCACUACUCUUUACGGGAUAUUUCGAUGUGAAGGUGUGUAUAGUUUUACAAGUGGUAACCAAUUAAUUCCAUGGCAUGCAUAGUUUUGAGAACUUGGUAUUAGAUCAACACAACUUGAUUAGUUUGAGUACUCUUAUCACCUUUGUGUUGGAUAAUGGAUGGAUAUUAUAAGGAGAAGUUACAUGUGAAUCACUACUACUGGUUUGAAAAUAUGAGUUUUCAGGUUCAGUCUAAAGCUUGUUAAAAACAAAGUGGCAAAAGUAUAAGGCAGAAAAUGUAGGUUAAAUUCAAUAGUAAAAUAAAUAGUAUAAAAGGUAAAAUAAGACACAAUGCAGUAUAUAAAAGAGUACAGUUAUGAUUUGGAAAACCUAGGUUGAUAAGAUUUUUUUUACAUGCAACUAAACAAUAAUAGCAAAGAAGUGCUAAAUCAUUUUAGUUGUCUAUUGUUGGCAAAAUAGUGGGAAAACGUUUCAUAUUACAAUUAAAAGAGCCCAAAAGGUAAGGAAUUCUGAUAAUGGGCCACACCUAUUCUUUCAUUUUUUGACAAAUCAAGGGGUCUAAACUUAAACUGGUCAGCUUAACUACUUGGGUAGCAUAUCAGAUUGCAGGAUUCAUUUUAUCUCGCCUACUUACAGAGCCAGCAGUAUAGUGAAUUCCUCUUCAAAUAGCUGGUCUAAGUUUCAUUGGAAUGUACCAAAAGUUGUCUAGACCCUAUGUACUAAAUAAGUAUGAGAAAGGGCACAAAUGCCUUAAAUUGAUUGGGUUUGAUUUUGAAUGCCUGCCACCCCUACUGAUUAGUAGUAUGGCUUUUUAACUUUGAUUUCUAGUAAGUUCAUGUAAAACAUUCACAUCACAAUGUCAUCUUAGUGUAAGUGGAAAAUUCACUCAGCUGAGAGUCAAACCUACAGUCUUAUUACAUGUUUUGCACCACUUUUUUUGCUGGAUUUUUCUCGUCUCUUACCUUUUCAGUAUGCUGAUCGGACUUAUCCAUUGUUGAUCCUUGGUUCCCUAAUGUUCAUCCCAGGCUUCUACCAUGUCAGAAUAGCUUACUAUGCUUGGAAAGGUUAUAGGGGAUACUCAUUUGAAGACAUUCCUGACUUUGAUUAA